CAUGGCUGUGGUGAACGUCCUUCAUGUCCUUCACGCAUUCAUAAUCAACACAGGUGUCGCAUCUCUCUUCUUUCUUUUGCUAUUCAUCUGCCCCAGACAAAGUUCAAGUACACGUCGUCCUAUAACUUGUUUCGUUCUCGCUUUCUCGUCUUGUUCUUGCACCGCAUUUCCCACUACUUUCCCCAAUCCUUUUCGCACAAGUAAUCACCAUGACGACUUGGGCUGGCCGUAAAUAUGGUUCCGAUCCUUAUAAAACCUCCGAUACGACUAAAGAUCCUGAACCUCAACGCGUCGACGCAGCGCAUUCCAUACCUCUAAAGAAAGGCGAUUUCGAGUCCCACGGAAGUACCAUUUCCACGGCAAAACAAAUAUAUAAUCACCAGGCUCCAACAGAAGGAGGAAAUAAAUACUUAUGGUAUUGCUGCCGAUGCGGUGGAGGAGGAAUGGAUUGCUCCCUAGACAAAGGGUGCUGUCACUGCAAUAACCACUGGCGGUGCGAUAGAUGCGACGUCGUGGCCGGCAACAAUUAGUCGUAGGAUAUAGAAUCUUGUUUGGCCCAAGGAGUUAAAAUAACACGUCAGUCACACACCAAGAUCUAACAUUUACUCGAG